CAGAACGCAAAACUUGCAUCUCACUAACUCAUCACUCAAAAUGACUGCACUAAACGUUACAAACAUGGUCGACCUAGACAUAGAGCUGGACAUCAUCGGCCAACAACCUUUCAUGGUCAAGAUCUACACCCAAGUCAGCUUCUGCUUCCCAAUCACCGACCCCUCCACACAUCCUGCCAUCACCGCCACCAUCAAAAAUGGUCUGCAGCGUCUCUCGCAGAGUUUCCCCUGGGUAGCAGGCCAGGUGAAGGACGAUGGUACGGGCGUAUUCAAGAUAAAACCAUUCGAGGCGACACCGAGACUGGUAGUCAAGGAUCUUCGAGAUGACCCCUCAGCACCGACAAUGGAGGGCUUGAGAAAGGCAGAGUUCCCCAUGAGCAUGUUUGACGAGAACAAAAUCGCGCCAAAGAAGACUCUUCCUAUUGGCCCCGAUUACUCGCCUGAUGAUCCUCUUCCUGUGCUGAUCUUUCAGCUCAAUUUUAUUGAGGGCGGGCUUAUACUCACUGUCAAUGGACAGCAUGGCUGCAUGGACAUGACGGGUCAGGAUGAGCUUAUCCGACUACUCUCCAAAGCCUGUCGUGACGAAGCUUUCACACAAGAAGAGAUAUCGACAAUGAACCUUGACCGCAAGACCAUUGUUCCUCCUCUCGAGAAUUACAAUCUCGGCCCAGAGCUGGACCAUCAAAUCAUAAAGCCCCCUCCAGCCACUGAAGCCCCGCCAACACCACCCAAAGCAAGCUGGGCAUUCUUUUCAUUCAGCCCACAAGCCCUCUCGGAGCUCAAGGACAAGGCAACACAGAUUCUUGACGAACAAACUAAGUUCAUAUCAACAGAUGAUGCUCUCUCAGCGUUUAUCUGGCAAUCCGUCAGCCGCGCCCGCCGUGCUCGUCUAGAUGAUUCCACCGCGACUCAAUUCUGUCGCGCCGUUGAUGUGCGCACUCAACUGGAUGUACCCAAGAACUACCCAGGAAUCCUCCAAAACAUGACCUACAGCGUCUCGAAACUCUCUCAGAUCGCCAAUGAGCCACUCGGCAUCGUAGCAUCUCGCUUGCGGUCUGAACUCGGCCGUGAUGAUCUUCGCCGGCGAACACAAGCCCUGGUAACAUAUCUGCACGACCAGACGAACAGGGCAAGCGUAUCUGUCACGGCGGACGCGAAUCCGUCGACGGAUAUUAUGUUGAGUUCAUGGGCGAAGCUGAAAUGCUGGGACUAUGACUUUGGCCUUGGACUAGGAAAGCCAGAGAGUGUGAGGAGGCCGUUGUUCGAGCCGUUCGAGAGUUUGAUGUAUCUUAUGCCCAAGAGACCCGAUGGAGAAAUUACUGCGGCGUUAUCGCUGAGGGAUGAGGAUAUGGAGAUAUUGAAACAAGACGAGAAGUGGAAAAAGUAUGGGCAAUUCAUUGGCUAG